AUGUCGCCGGAGAGCGGGCUGGGCUGGGUCGGUGCCGCGACGCAGAGGUGGAGCGGCGGGAUCGAUCUGCGUCGCGCGGCGGCCACGGGGCGCUCCCGAGCGGCGCGCCGCCCGUCCGUCCAGGCUAUGCUCUCGCCCAAGAUGCAGCGCAGCGUGCGCAUCAACGACAACCAGCUGCUGAUGCUGGCCGAGAAGGCGCGCUACGACCAGCACAUGUGCGGCAGCCUCUACAAGCGCACCUCCGACAACUCCAAGUGGCAGCUGCGGUGGUUCAACCUGUACCAGAACCUUCUGUUCUACUACGAGGCCGAGUCGAGCAGCCGACCGUCCGGGGUGGUGCUGCUGGAGGGAUGCUACUGCGAGCGGCUCAUCACCACCUCCUCCAAGCCCAAGGACUCUGAUCCCCAGUACUGUCUGUCCAUCACGUACCGGCGGGAGAACCAGCGCCAGUACGACCUCCGCGCCAACUCGGAGAACGACUGCAAGGCCUGGAUCGACGCCAUCAGGCAGGCCAGCUUCAACAAGCUCCUGCUGCAGAAGGAGGAGCUUGAACAGAAGCACCUUCACCUGCUACAGAUAGUAGAGAGUGAAAAGACAGCUAAGUGGCAGUACACGCAGCAGUGUGAGGAGCUCACCACAGAAAUAAAGAAGCUACGCAACGAGCUUUGCACGCUGAAGAAGGACUGGCGGUUUCUUCCGCAUCAGCAGUCAGAAGAAAGCGAAGAGUCUGACGAGAUCAAGAAGAUUAAGAAGGUCCAAAGCUUUUUCCGCGGCUGGCUGUGUCGCCGUCGCUGGAAGCAGAUUGUCGAGGAAUAUAUCAAGUCACCACAUGCCGAGAGCAUGCGUAAGCGAAACAGUCUCGUGUUUCGAAUGGUGGAGGCAGAAGAGGAGUACGUGGAGCAGCUCAACAUCCUAGUGACGGGCUUUUUAAGGCCAUUCAAAAUGGCGGCCUCUUCAAAAAUGCCGCCGUGUAGCCACGAAGAUGUCAAUUCGAUAUUCCUUAACUCGGAGACACUGUUAUUUUUGCACCAAAUAUUUUUGAAGGGCCUUUCCGCCCGAAUGGAAAGCUGGCCGACAUUGGUGCUGGAUAACUACCGGCCUAUAUGUGCUCCAUUAGGAGACCUGUUCGACAUGCUGCUACCGAUGCUGAGCAUAUACCAGGAAUAUGUUCGGAACCAUCACUACAGUCUCCAG